AUGGGGCCCCGCACGCCCACAUUAAGUAUGAAGGAAAACAUCAGAAAGCUUCCAGUGUCCCCAGGAGGAAAGCACCAGAGGCGGAGAGGGCUGACGUGCAAGCCCAGGGCUCUCACACCCUCUCCCUCCGUGACCACCCCUUCCAAUGAGGAGAUCAGGACGUGUCAGGUCUUAACAGAGAACCAGACAGGACAAAAUGGAGCUAGUGGCAGCCUUCCAGGCAUGCGGCAGGCUGGAGGUGCUGCCUCCACGUCCAAGCAGCCCUGCCAUGGGCUCCGGGAGUGUCGCGGGCAGGACGACUGGGCAACAGGGUGCAAUCUGCCCAAGGAUCCAAGCCAGGGUCCUUGGCCUGAGUCAUGGCAACAGAAGCCAAUCGAGCAGCCACAGUUACCCCCAGGUCUGGAGCUGGAGGGCUCCCUCCGUGGCAGGGCCUCAGCCACCCCCAGCCUGGCCAGACAGAUCAACCCCAGAAAGUCCCGCCCCAGGAGAAGCCCAGGAGGAGGAGCCGCCGUCUCAAGGAGCUGGGGCCUCUGCCACUACCCGCGGAGGCACUGGCAUGGCCACGGGUGGUUAUGUGAUUGCCACCUGCCUUCCGAGGAGUGGUCAUUCCUUGCAGACCUAUCAGGAACCUUAGAAGGUGGAACGUGGGCUGCUGUUCAGCCAGCUGGUCCAGAAUCCCAACGACCUCCUUUAGGGCCAGUCACCUGCCCCUCUCCUGCCCAGGCCUGCCACGUUGUCGUCGCUCUGCUGUACGUGUUCCUUGGGGGUUACCUGACCGCCAUCGUCCAGAGCCUUCACCUGGUGGUGCUGAAGUCUUGGUACCCGUUCUGGGGGGCUGCUUCUUUUCUCAUUUCAGGGAUCUUGGCGAUAACAAUGGAGACAUUUCAGAAAAAUUACCUGGCGGCGUGCCUGACAGCAAAUGCCAUCAGCUUCUUCUGUGUGCUCUGUGGCCUCUUUGUCAUCGCCAAGGAUCUCUUUCUGGAGAGCCCAUUUGACUUCCCUGUCUGGAAACCAUACCCCAACGACACAGUCCACAUCCAGAGGCUGGUGCUGGCCCUGCUCUGCAUCACCUGCCUGGAGGUCUUCCUGCCGGGGCUCAUGGCCAUCCUGGCCUAUAGGGAUACCCGCCUGGCUGCAGAGAAGGAUGACCUGUCCCUUGGCCCUGACAUGCUAUUGGAGCUCAGGGCGUCUCCGAUGACACCUCCACCAUCCUAUGACGAUGUGACUAAAGGCAACGGGUGGCAGGAGCAGAAGCAGAUGUGAAGAGGCACUGGCUCCACGCACCAUCAGAAUUCACCCACUGGUCCCUUGACCCGGACAGAUUAAGGACCAAUUCCAAGGGGCGGUUACCAGAAGGGGGCAAACAGUACCAUGGCUAAAAACGUCUGCCCAUGCUGGUGGCCAGGGAGGGGAAGUCCCCAUUCUGUCUGGCAUGGGAGGGACCUCCAGGUCCCCACACCCCAUUACAUCCCAGCUAGACCAGAACACAACUGGGUCCUGCCCACCCACCCAGGCAGCCACGGGAACAGACCCCUGGGUCCGCAGCCCCCUCCCCGGCCCUCCUUGUCUGCUUCCCCCAGUCCCUGGUGGGCACAUAGACAUCCUGUCCACGUGGGGCUGUGCCUGAAGACAGAGAAGGGUCCUCAGAGCCCAGAUGGGCACCAUUUUCCCUAGACUCAACCUACCAAGGGGUCUCUACAAACACUUGUGUUUGAAUCCCUGGAUUCGGGGUGGAGACAGCAGAGGCGAUCAGACAGAAACUAUGACCAGUUCUUCCUCCCAACCCAUCAGCAUGUCUCCCCACCCCCACCCCGGGGCCUCAGUGUCUCCAUCUGUACAGGGAAGGGGCGGGUGGAAGAUGUGACCAGGACCUACCUGCUGGGAAGUUCUGAGAUCAGAGUCAGGUUCACUCAAGGUUAUCAAUGAAGCAUCAGCGUCAGAAUUCCACACCUCCUUGUGCUGAGCGAGUAGUGGGGAGAGAGACCUACCUUCCUCAUUUCCCAAAUGUUCAGUCAUCCAAGGGCAGACCUUACAAAUUUGGUCUAUUUGUGGACUGUGCUGUAUUCCCUUUAUGUUCCCUUAAAUUGCCUUUUUUUCUCAUGCACUAUUAUGUGAGGGGUAAUUUGCAUCAGCAACAAACAGGAAGUCAGUACCUAUCCAUACAAAGAAGCCAACCACAAAAAUCAUGUAAACACGGUAAAAAUAAAACAAAAGCAACU